GUCUAGUCUAGACGCGGCGCCGGCUGAUACAACAUAUAUACAUUUGCAGUCAGCAGCACACAAGACCAUUCUUUGGCAUGUUCACCACAAUUAUCCUACGUACGCUUUUAAUUACUGGCUUUCGCUAGCUCUGGCUUAAUUACGUGGAUGUGUCGUAGAACAACCGACCGAGUGAAUACCGAGAACGAAUAAAAAAAUUCAAGUGCGGCACAAAGUUCCUUUGUUCGCCAUAUAUACGCGCGUAGGCACCCUCUCGUGCACAUGUAACGAAGCAGACAUUUACUCCGGAAAAUCGUAUGAUGAAUCACACGACGAGAGAUCAACAGUUGCGUCUACGCUUUUGAGUAGGACGCUAGACAGUACACGGGCAACCUUUGCUCUUCGCAUUUUGUUGAAGCUUUGCACGAGAAUAAACGGAUAAACGAGCAGCAGGACGACGGAGCUACAAAGAGAUCGAGUCCUCCACAUGCGGGCAUGUCCGUGCCAGCUGAGGAUCGGACGGGCACCCAGAAAAAAGAUCAGCAGUCCGUAGAGUCGGCGAAGAGGUCGCCAAUGAAGCGAUUCACGAUGAACAACAGGGCCGGCGAGCGAGAACCCCCGGCCAACAAGAAGAAGCUAAGCUUUCUUAGUUUUGGCAAUCGUCGAGGUGCAGCGAGCUACAGUCAUGGUUCGCAAACGGUACAAGAGCUGGACGAGGAGAUGGAGAAGGUGUUCGCGAUGGACGCCGGGGACAAGUUCGACGUAGCCCGGCUCGGUUCACCUUCGGAAUCCAUUGGCUCGGAUCGCGACCGUGAUCGGCCACCUGUUCUUAGUUGGCGCUAUGGCGACCGUAACCUCGACCAACAUCGAAAGAAGAGCUACCCACACCCGCACAUGCCACUGAAGAGUCUUCACUCGAGAUCUAUGCGACGACAUUUAUCACCCGAAGGUUCUCUAAGUGCCGAAAAUAAUUUGGACGAAGAGGCGCCAGCAAACGGUACCACAGGUAACGGCAAUGUCCCAGUGGUGGAAGACACAUUGGAUCACGUUGAACCAGACGGCAGCACGAAACUUCCCGCGGAUUGUCAAGGAGAAUCCGAUGAUGGCAAAGACGACGACGUUACGGAAACAUUGGAGGAUAUCGCCGAAAACGUGGUUAGCAGCGAGAGCGAGGCGCCGCUAUCCGAGAGAGCGGCAUCCGGCUUCAGCGACAGUCCAAGCGCCGGUAGUCCUCGUGUGCAAUUCGACAAGAUUCGCGAAGAGGACGGCAACGUGAUGAACGUCAACGAGACUCCCGAGGAAGACCGAAAGACACGGCGUCAUCACAAGCACGACCACAAGCGGCACCACCACCAUCAUCACCACAAAUCGCGCAAGUACUCUCUGCAAGAGGAUCCCCAAUGGCGCAAACGUUCAGGGGCUGGAUUGCCGGGAGAGCCUGGCACGCCAGGCGGCAUAAGUACGCAACGUCGCGUGAGCGUACAGCCGGACGAGGCGAAGCACUUGCAGGAGCUGGAUAUCGACGACUUGGAAUCUCACCGCAGCGACGAUCAGCGGGGUAUGCGCCGACACAAGGCCGCCCACCCGACCGUGCAAAUCGGUCGCCGAAAGGAAGGCGGCAUACCCCAUGAGACAUUCAAAAAGAUGUACGAUCACUCGCCACACGAGGUGUUCGUCCAGCUCGACGAGUUGCACGGCUAUGGCGAGGAUCGCGAGUGGCGGGAAACAGCCAGGUGGAUCAAGUACGAGGAGGACGUCGAGGAAGGCGCUGACAGAUGGGGCCGGCCGCACGUGGCCUCACUGAGCUUCCACUCGCUGCUGAACCUUCGGCGCUGCCUCGAGACCGGGGUGGUGUUGCUCGAUCUCGAGGAGAAAGAUUUACCCGGCCUCUCUUAUCGUGUCGUCGAGCAAAUGGUCAUCGAGGAACUUAUCCUACCGGAAGAUCGGCCCGUUAUUAUGAGAGCUCUGUUGCUCAGGCAUAGGCAUGUGCACGAACAUGAACGUGGUUUCAGGUUCGGUCCCAAGAGAAAUGCUUCCAGCUACACCAGUCUUCAGUCUAUCUGGUUUGACGAGGAUGACGCUUCGCGGGAAGGUGCUGAGAACAAUAAUCUGCAAGACUCCAAGCCAAAAGUCGUGUCGUCGCAUCAGAAUCUCGAGAGCAAUCAUACCGUGGUCGAUAUGAAGGAGGAGCUCACAUUUACUAGCAGUAGCGAGGAUAUGAAGAAGGGUCACAACGAACACAUUCUGAAGAGGAUACCUAGUGGUGCCGAGGCCACUGUCGUACUCGUUGGCGCCGUUGAUUUCCUUGACCAACCUACCAUAGCCUUUGUACGAUUGGCCGAAGGUAUCCCAAUACCCGCAAUCACCGAGGUAACAAUCCCGGUCCGAUUUCUCUUCACCCUACUUGGUCCACGUGAAUCGGAGCUCGACUAUCACGAGAUAGGUCGCUCGAUCUCCACGUUGAUGUCAAAUAGAUCGUUCCAUCAAAUAGCCUACAAGGCAAAUGAGCGUCGUGAGUUACUAUCGGCGAUCAACGAGUUCUUAGACGACUCGAUCGUAUUGCCUCCAGGCGAUUGGGAGCGUCAAGCAUUGCUACCCUUCGAAGAGCUCAAGGCCAAGAGCGAGCACAUCAGGAAACGCAAGGCCAAGGCUUUGGAGGAGAAACAGCAGACGCAGAUACAGAGCGAGUCUGCUGCUGCCAAGAAAGCGUUGCUUGCUGGUGAGGACGAGAAGAAGCCACCUGACGACAGCGAUCCGUUGCGUCGCACCAAACGACCCUUUGGCGGUCUUAUCAAUGACAUCAAACGACGCUAUCCCUUCUACUUGUCCGAUUUCACCGAUGGCCUGAACUCGUCUUGCCUCGCUGCUGCGAUUUUCAUGUAUUUCGCCGCCUUGUGCACGGCCAUCACAUUUGGUGGUCUACUCAGCGACAAAACACACAACAUUAUUGGCAUCUCCGAAACUCUCGUCUCAUGUUGUCUAACUGGUGUCAUCAUGGCUUUGUUUGCAACUCAGCCUCUCGUCAUUAUUGGCACCACUGGCCCACUGUUGUUAUUUGAUGAGAGUUUGUAUCACUUUUGUCAGGCCAAUGAUCUCGAGUUCCUUACUAUGAGAGUAUAUGUCGGUGCAUGGAUGGCUAUCAUUGCUUUGACUAUUGCUUGCGUUGAGGGCUCGGUACUGGUAAGACUCUUCACUCGUUUCUCCGAAGAGAUCUUUACUGGACUGAUCUCAAUUCUCUACAUCGUAGAGACCUUCAUGAAGCUCAUUAAUUACUUCAAACUGAAUCCGUUAUUACCCGACUAUUGUUUUGGUUUUUUCAAUACCGACAAUAACGAGACAGCAUAUCAACAAGAUUUGAUAGCACCAGCAAUCUCAAAUUACUCUGAAUUCACGCGACUAAGCGAAUUGGCGAUUGCUGCAGCAUCGGAGAACCAUAGCCAAGCGAACUACAGUAUUUUCAUCCCAAGCCACGACAAAACUGGAUCUCUGAUCAAUCAGCCUAAUACCGCUCUGAUGUGCACGAUUCUUUGCCUGGGCACCUUCCUCGGCGCUUACUAUCUGAGAAUUUUUCGCAAUAGCCAUUACUUGGGACGUAGUGCACGCAGAGCUUUCGGCGACUUUGGCGUGCCCAUCAGUAUCGUCACUUUUGUGCUAAUCGACUUUCUAGCAAGUGUCAAGACGGAGAAGUUGCUGGUGCCGGAGGGUAUGACGCCUACGAUGCCCGGCAGGGGUUGGCUGGUUAUCCCUUCCAGUAAUGUUCCGACUUGGAUGAUGCUGGCUUGCUGUAUACCUGCUCUUUUGGUUUAUAUUCUUGUUUUCAUGGAGACACAGAUUUCUGAAUUAAUCAUCGACAAAAAAGAGCGCAAGCUGCGCAAAGGCAAUGGCUACCACAUGGACAUAGUCGUGGUGUGUCUCAUGAACUUCGGCUGUGGUCUAAUCGGUGCACCAUGGUGUUGUGCCGCUUCGGUGCGUUCGCUCACUCACGUGAAUGCGGUGACAGUGAUGUCGCGUACUCACGCACCCGGUGACAAACCACACAUCGUCGAAGUGAAAGAGCAACGUGUAUCUUCGCUCCUUGUGGCUAUUCUUAUCGGAGUGAGCGUGCUAAUGGCACCACUAUUACGUCGAGUUCCGAUGUCAGUACUUCUCGGAGUUUUCCUCUACAUGGGUGUGUCGUCAACCAACGGCGUACAGAUGUUCGACCGUGUCAAGCUGUUCUUCAUGCCGGUGAAGCAUCAUGGCACCGCCAACUACGUGCGCCGAGUGCAAACUUACAAGAUGCAUUUGUUCACCCUCAUCCAGAUCAGCUGUUUGGCGAUUCUGUGGACUGUCAAAAGUACUAAAGCUGCCCUCGCUCUACCAUUUUUCCUCAUAUUGAUGAUACCACUCAGGGCACAAAUGAGACAUUUCUUUAGUCUUGCCGAAUUGAGGGCUCUUGAUAGUAAAAAUCCUGAUAACGAGGACGAACCCGACUUUUACGAAGAGGCUCCACUACCUGGUUAAAGCCAGUGCCUGAAAAUUUCUAAUUCUUUUUCUCCUUUCUCUCUCUCUCUCUCUUUCUCUCUUUAUCUAUCUGUCUGUCUGUCUCUCUAUCUAUCUAUAUAUCUCUAUCGCUGUCUCUCUUUCUCUAUCUCUCUAUCGCGUUCUCUCUCUCUCUCUCUCUCUAUCUCCGUUAUCUUUGAUUUUUUAAAGGCCGUUUUAGCCGAACUUUCUGACAACUAUUGGAAAUAUUUUUAUGCGCUCAGGUCAAUUUUUAACAUUUAAUCCUUCGUCAUUCAAUUUGUAAUUUGAAUUCUGAAAGAUAUUAUUGAAUAGUACCAUGUAAAUUUAUGUUAGUUGUAAUGGAACAUCUAGGUGCUAUUUCUAAUUUUGAAUUUACUGUGGGUAAUAGUAAUAGAGUUUUGCCAGAUGACGUACUGUAUAAAAAUUGAAAAAAUAAUCUUAAAAUAUUUCUAUUGAUAACUGAUAUAUUUUUUAUAAAUUUUCUUUUCACAAGCAAAUAGCCUUAUUAUAUUUUUUUAACGAAUCUUCGUUAUACAGGAAUCUUGUUCCUUUUAUAAGAAAAAUUCCCUCUUCAAUAUUAACUAAAUUUGUCCUCUGAUCUCUAUAUUUUUUUCACGAAGGACUGGAAAUUAAUGCGUCAGGCACGUGUACAUUAAAUGUUUUAUUAUAAUAACAAAAUUUUAUUUUUGUCAACGAUGUUUUAUUUUUUUACAAUAACAAUUUGAGUUUGCUCAAAUGCUGUAAAUCAAAAUAUUAUAAAAUUUCAGUAUAUAUGUCUAUUGCAUAUCAUACAUGAUAUCAUGCAUAACAUAUUUUAAUAAAUGAAAAGCUAUACCUAAAUUUAUUUUUAUAUGUAAAUGCACUUAAAUUCGAAAUAUUAAAAUCGCAUACAUAGAAUUUAUUUUUUAAUGUACCAGGUAAAUGAAAUGGGAUUGCGAAUAAAGUUUUCACGCUUACAUGUAUAAAAACUAUUUCCGAUAUGUGACGUAAGUGCAGACGUUAUAUACCAUUAUUUCGGAAGUUUUGCGAUGAAUAUAAUAAGAGCUUUUUAAAAUUUAUGUUUAACUAAAGUAUUCUACUGAAUGAACUUUAAUUAUAUAUAAUUCAAUUACAUGCACACAAAUAUUUUCGAUAAGAAGAAAGCGGUAUUAUUUCAUUGUUGUUUAUAAAUAACCAACAGUUUUAAUCCAUUUUUUAGGUAUUUUAUUUUGUAAAUAUCGUAAGCAUAAACAAAUCUUUAAAGCAUUGAAAAAUACAUUAUAAAAAAUUAAUACAAAAAGUUCAAAGUAAUUAGUUAUUUUUAUGUAAAAUCAUUUUUGUGUCAGAGAAAAUGUGAUGUUUCUUAAAUAUUUUUAUAACUUGUACAAUUAAAAAUUCUAUAUAUAACUACGAAUUGGAAUUGCUCAUUUCUGAUUGAAACCUCCAUCAGUAUCGGAUAUAGAGCGAAAAUGAACGUCCAGUGGUGGAUAAGAACUUGUAAAUAAUCAUAUUAUUAUUUUUUGUUAGCCUGGCAGAAGUGUUUCUCUAUAAUGCUGUUAUUUUAACAAGUUAUUUUAUCAAAAAUUUCAUCAAUUGUAUUUAUAAAUGAAAAAAAUUGUAGACGUUCAUAGUAAAAAGAACUUGCGAAGAUUAAUCACCUAAAUGCGAUGUAAAAUCGAUAACAAAUUUUCAAACAGGUUUCAUAUAUUUUUCAGAUUUUAUAAAUGAAAUAUCAUGCAUUACAGAGAAAUAUUAUCCAAUACAAUUUUCUGCUAUGGUAAGCAUCAUGCGUAGCAGGUUCCACGAAAAUGAUCGAAAACAGAUUAGUGCCUAAGAUGUUAAAAAGGAAUUAAUAGGAGAGUGCCAAAGUUAAUUAUAACAAAUUGUCUCGACUUCUAUCGUCAAACCUCAUGUACUUUUCAAGUUUAUAUAACACUUACUUUUAGAUUCUUCACUUUAAUGCUAUUUUGGAAAAAUUGAAAGUUCACGUAUAAUACCAAAAUAAUCUGCCAGCUUACUUUAUAUUAAUAAUAAAACUGCCUAUUUUUAUGGAAAAGUUGUUUUCAAACUUCAACUAAAAACGGGAUACAAUGAAAUUUUGCAAUAAAUUCUAUCAGUCAAUAUUUCAUAUCAAUUAGUGUUGACACGAAAAAUAAAUUAUUUUUUGUAACAUUAAUUUAUUAUUUUUCUAGUAAUGAAAUGUACGUUUUCAAAUGUAAAUUUAUUUAUAGAAUAUCAUAAUUUAAUAGCACAUAACAUGUGUACCUUGAUCAAUACUACCUCUUAAGUCGAGAGCAUUAUAGAUAUAUAUAUAAAAAGCUUAAGGACUUUUUGAACGUGUUUAAAGCUGUCCAUUGCAUAGUGAUUAAACUUGUAUGAGAAGUGAAGUAUAGAGAAGCAAACGUAAGACAACAACGUAAAGAUCAGAAAAUAUAAUUUUUGAAUUCCUCUUAUAAAGAAAAAGAGAAACUCUACAACAAAAAAUAUUACUAUGUGCUAUGAGCAUUCUUUUAAGACUUGUAAGCAUUUUUAUAAAAGUAACAAGUAAAAAAAAUUUUUUGUUUGAAAUUAUUAGUUACAAAAUACGUGGAAUGCUAAAACAAAAUUUGUAUGAUUCUAUAUAUUUUUUCAUUGCUCUAAAUACUUUUAUUAUAUCUCAAAGAUAAUCUUUUUUAGCUGAAAACAUGUAUAAAAAUUGUGUUUAUAGGAAAAUGAAUAGAAUAUUUAGAGAAAAUGAAACUUUCUAUAUUGAGAAGCCUUAGAUUUUUCUAAAGUAACGACACUCAAAACUAUUUUUCAUGAUGAAGAUGUAUUGCCUAAAAUAUGCUACAAAGGAUUUGAAAUAAAAUCGGAGAUUUUCAGUCAUAAUCAAAGUUACAAUUAUAAAAUUCGUAAAUGUAUAUGUAGCACCAUUGUAUCUUAAAUAUCAAACAAAGAAUUCAUGGAUAUGCGAUAAACGAUGUUUAGGAAUAUUUAAAGUACCGAAGGUUACAUGUUGUGAACAAGGACCAAGUGAUAAUGAGCUGUAUGAUGUGUAGUAUUGUAGUGAGGAAGCUUAAAACUAUUUUAGAACACAACAUAUAUGUAUAAAUAUAAAUUAAAGAAAAAAUUGAAAAUGAAAACUGAAAAAGCCAUAUUUUCAUUCUAUAGAAAAUUUUGCUCAAUAGGAAUAUUUACUAAAUAAAGGCAGAAAAAUCAAUUGUCAAGUUGGCAAAUACGUUAAAAAGUAUGAAACAAAAAAAUGAUUGUACUAAAAAAUCACGUAGUACAACCAUUCAACUAAUUAUUAUUAAAACAAAAUACGAAUACAGAUGUAUAUUCUGAUAAUUAGUUACUAAUAAAGAUGAAGGUUGCUAUUAGCUGAUUGUGAUAGUUAUCAAAGUGGCUGAAAAAACUUAACUUCAAGCAAACGCACUCGUUUUAUCAUUCUUUUUAUUGUGUGCAGGGUAAUAAAAGAAUAUAUCUCAAUUAUAAGCUUGAACAAAUUUUCUAUUCAGAAAAGAAAACAAGAAUGCAUGUAUGUAUAUUGCAAUGAUGGAUUGUAUUUGAAUUUUUUAUGAAAUAAUUUUCAUUCACAGCAAGAUAUGUGAUUUGAAAUUGUAUGUAUAUUAUUCUUCUAUGAUUACUUUAUUCUUGAAUCUUUUAAAAUGUUAUUACUAUUAUUGUAAGUAUUACAUUAUGAAUUUCUUGUAACAAGAGAUUAUGAUGAACUCUAUUGUUAUUAAAUGAUAUAAAAAUAUUGUAAAUAAUAUAGUUAACUUGACAGUAUUAUGAAUAAUAAAAUAUGAACCUCUUAA